AUGAAGCGCAAGCUGUCGAAUUCCGGUCUCGACUCCCAAGAGACCACGCAUCGCGCUAUCGAAAACGAAUGGCGCGUUGAACGGCCACGCGCCGUAUCCCCUCCCACAAAUGGCGAUGCCACCUACGAGCUCCCCGAGGUACCACGAGGCCAAUCGACACCAAAGAAAGCCAAUGGAGUUGCGGCGACACCGCUGAAGGAAUCUGGGUUGAAGACACCGACUCACAAGUCCAAGGCACGAUCGCUGUUUGCGACGCCUACAAAGCCCAAGUCUGCAACUGCUGCGACACCAUCUCGAAUUAAGAAUGCAGAUCGAUCGGCGAAGAAAAAGAGUGUUCGGGUUCUUUUCGAGCAGGAUGAGGAUGCUGCUUGGGAUGGCUCCGAGCAGCUUGCGGAAGAGAUUCUCCAGGAUGAUGAGCCCGAGACAGACAAGGCUGUCGAGCCCGUGGUGGAUAGCGUCGAGGGCGAAGAUGCAGAGAAACCGAAAGACAAAGAGGCCAAGGCUCCCAAGCGACGGGCAGGUCGACCUAAGGGUGCGAGGAACAAGCGAUCACCAACCCCCGAAGGCGAAUUGCCAGCACAUGAACGCUACUUCUUCCAGAAUCGCGCUGGUACUGCGAAGACGUCCAACGCUACUUUGAAUAAAGUUUCGCUCCUGACACACGAGGAGUACUUCGAGAAGCUUGGCCAAUACGUGGAUCCGUGCAAGGAUGAGAAAGAGUACCUACUUUCCUUGCACCAUCGAUCAUUCCCACAAUGGGAUUUCGAGUUUGAAGAAGGGUUCAAUAUCUGCUUAUUUGGGUACGGCUCCAAACGCAGGCUCGUGCAGCAGUUUGCAGAUUGGCUCUAUCACAAGCGCUCUGUAUCUGGAAGCGCUCCAUCUAUCGUUAUUGUCAACGGUUAUACUCCGGGUAUCUCGAUCCGUUCGAUCUUUGCCAUGAUCGCGACAGCCAUCUUGGGCGAGGACCUGCCUUCCAAACUGGGUGCACAACCAACCGAGGUGCUCGAGCUGCUCCAAUCAGCACUCAAGUCUCGACCUGCCACGGAAGAGCCCAUCACGGUUCUAAUCAACUCGGUUGAUGCGCCGCCCCUUCGUCGUGCAGCCAACCAAGCUCUCCUCGCCCGUCUGGCCGCUACACCUCGAAUUCGCCUUAUGCUCACCGCAGACAGUCCCAAUUUUGCAACGAUGUGGGACAUUAGUCUACGUGAUCAAUUCAACCUGGUCUUCCAUGACAGCACGACCUUCACCCCCUUCGCCGUGGAAACUAAUGUCGUGGAGGAAGUCCACACCCUGCUUGGCCGUAAAGGCCAGCGCGUUGGCGGAAAGGAUGGUGUGGGCUUCGUGCUGAAGAGUUUGCCCGAGAACGCACGGAACCUAUACCGCCUCUUGCUCACAGAAGUUAUUACUGUGAUGGACGACGGCCACAUGUCUGACGAGGAAGGUGCUGGGGAGAGCGGAAGAGGUGCUGAGGAACAUGGCAUCGAGUUCCGCCUGCUCUACCAGAAGGCGACCGAAGAGUUCAUCGCAUCUUCAGAGAUGAUGUUCCGCACUCUGCUGAAGGAAUUCCACGACCAUCAAAUGAUCACCUCGCGCAUGGACCCUAGCGGGAUGGAGAUUUUGGGCGUGCCAUUGUCUCGGGACGAGAUGGAAGGCGUGUUGGAAGAUCUAGUGUUAGGAUGA